UUCAAGAUCGUUUUAAAUUGUUCUACUGAUGCCUUACGGCUUGUUUCAUUAAUUACAAGAUAUCUGAAGACGAACCCUGGUAGAAAUUUUUUGUUUUUCUUUUUAACAAUAACAAUACGCCAAUAACUAUAUCUUUCUCAUGUUAUUGUGUUAUGUAACCUGCGCUAAAGAUAUCAGCGAUUACAACAAAUCUAACAUAGCUCAUUGUGGGAACAGUAACGUCACGAUUCGGCAAACGCCAAUAGAAGCGUUAUAUGCGGGCCAGUCGAUCUUUAUUACAGAUAUUUAGUGCGUCUGAAUGCAACGCGAUCAUAUGUGAUACGAUGAGCCAUAACUUGUGUAUCAUCGAUACAUAUAAUAAUAUGUAUUAAAUCAGGAAGAACAGGUUUCUUUGGGAAGAUUUUGAUCGAAAAAUUGCUGCGAAGUUGUCCCGACGUCUCUAAGAUAUAUCUAAUGGUGCGUUCGAAAAAGAACAAAAGCACCGCGACUCGGCUAGACAAGAUAUUUGAAAGUCCGUUAUUCGGUUGAGUGAAGGAGGAGAUGUCCAACUUUCGUGAAAAAUUCGUGCCGAUGAUCGGUGGAUUGUACGAAGUGGACUUGGGUUUCACGAAAGGUGAUACGGAUUUACUAACACACAAGUCAUUUAUUUACGUAUCGACUGUAUAUUCAAAUUGUCAUGUCAAACAUAACGAAGAGAGAUUCUACAAUUAUCUUAAUCCCGAGGAACUUAUCACACUGGUACAAACAUCGUCCGAAAGUACAAUUAAUGAGACGAUCUCAAGUUGCCCAUUUCUUACAAAAGCGAUUUCGGAAAUGGUUGUUAAAGUUAAUGGUGAGAGUAUACUGAUCGGAAUAUUUCGGCCAUCUGCAGUUACAAAUGUCUCUCGCGAAUCGCUCAUGGGAUGGGUGGACAACUAUUCCACUGCGAUGGGAUUUAUAGUACCUGCUUCCAAAGGUCUAUUAAAAUUUAUCAUAUGCAAUUCCGACUGUAAGCCAAGUGUAAUACCUGUCGACAUUAUCAUAAGUGCUUUAAUUGCCAGCAAAUGGGAUGUAUUCAAUCAGCCACAGAGGAGAGGUGACAAAAUUAAUUUACAUCUAUGUAUCGACAAACGAAGCGCCUUUGAUGUACGAGGAUUUCCUUUUACGCGCAACUAAUCUGCCAAAAAUACCCGAAAAUAAGUUGCUGUUGGAUGUCGACUCUCACACUGAUCCAAAACAAAGUUAUGUUUACAAUAUGCAUUUUGUUCGGCCACCUUGCCUGCUAUAAUUAUUGAUAUCUUUGGAAGAUGCAUAAGUAUUCGACAAAGGUGUACGAAACUUUACCGCGUCUAUGAAAAAGUACUCUUGUAAACGUUGCUUCACUUGUUUCAGUAUGUGGAAAUUGUACGAACGAAUUUACGAUUUUUGUAAGAUCGUUGAAUACUUUAUGGUCAAAGAAUGGAUCUAUAACAGCAAUAACGUCUAUGCAAUAUGGCAAAGCAUGAGUGAAAGUGAUCAGCUUCUAUUUAAUUUUAAUAUGAAUGGUUUCAAGUUCUAGCCCAAAUAUUGAGACAUUAUUAUCAAAGAUAUGCGGCCUUACCUGCUCAAGGAGUAUUUCAGUACUUUGGAAUUCAGUCGUCAUCAAAUGGAACAGAUUGUAUUGGAUACACCACGCGACAAAGUUUGAAUUUAUAUUCAUCGUCGUUGUGUGUACUUGUAACAUAUUAGCAAAUAUAUUUUUCCCAAGCAGCACGUAAACGUUCUAGGAACGUUCGCUUUACGUUCACUUGGUUUAGCGUUAUUGUGCAACAGCAACAUGCCGUGUCUGUUGACCAAUGCUGGCUGUAGAGCGCACAGUUUUUGGUACAUAGUGGCAAUUUCCUGACAGUAUUUAUCAGAAUUAAUAACCUCACAGUUGUUUAGUUAAUAAAUAAUGAACGAUAGCUUUGCUAGACCAUCGUACAGACACCAUCAUUUUCUUGGGAUGAAGAUUCGAUUUUGGAAUGUAUUUUGGAGCUUCAUUCGUAUCUAGCCACUGGGCAGAACGUCGGUGGUUGUCGUACAAAAUCCAUUUCUUAUCGCAAAUCACAAUCCUGUGUAAAAUUCCAUCUGUAUUCUGUCGCAAGGAAAUGCAGAUCUCCAAACGUCUUAAUUUGUUACUCUCUAUGAUUUUAUAGGGGACCCAUUUAUCCAACUUUUUCACUUUUCCCAACUUAUUUAAAUAUCGAACGGCAGUUGAAUGAUCAACGAAUCUUUUGACAAUCUUUCAGACUGCUAACCUUGGAUCUGUUUCAACCAUCUCCUUUAAAACAACGUCAUCAAUGACGGAAGUACCUUUACCAAAUGCAGUAUGAAUGUUACGCGUUGCCUCGGUUGCAGUAUGACCAAGUUUGAACUUGUAUAAGUAAAUUAUACAAAUUUCUCUAUUUUCCACCACAGUGUUAAUGCAAACUUCGAUGACUAAGAGUACAAUGUAGAAAUAAAGUUAU